CAGAGUCCCGUCUUCCCCGCUACACGACCCCCCCGCGCCCUCGCGCCAAAACAAAAACCCUAGCCCACCCCCACCAAUGGCGGAGACCGACGCUAGCGCCAGGACAAGCGAGCCCGCGCAAGCGACAGCGCCGGUCAUGGCUACGGAAACGGCGGCUGGGACCGUGCCGACGCCGAUGGCGGAGGAGGGGGCGGUGCCUACACCUGGUCUCGAUUAUAAGAGGAAGCUUGGCGGGAAAGAAGGGGAGGAGGCGAUGCUGCCGAUGGACGCGGAGCAGGGUCGGGCGGGGGUGGGAGGAGAAGGGGAGGAGGAGACGGCGGAGACAGGGUCCAGGCGGCCGCACGGGGACGGCGAGGGCAACGGGUCAGGUAUUACUCAAACUGAAGUGCAUGAACCUGAAACAUCAGAAGUGGUGAACGGGGAGGUUCCUGUCGAUGAAAGCAUGCUGUGCAGCUCUCAGGUAGAUGGUCCAAAAGAAUGUUCAGAACUUCCUCAAGAAGGUGAUGUGCCCUCACCAGAACAGCAGAGUGAUGAGGCGCUUACCCAAGAAGUGACGCGAAAAACUGAAAUUCCUCAAAGCAAGGUUGAUGUAGGUGAUUCAUCUACACUCGCUGCUAGAAGUUUUGGGACUCCACAAUCUGGUGCUGAGCAAGUGGACAUCCAUGUCCCAAAUGACAAGGCUGAGUUGGUCAUUGGGGAGGGAGGUGAGACCAUUAAGGCUCUAAAAACUAAGUCCGGGGCUGACACUCAGUUAAUCCCGGGACAUCUCCCUGAAGGUGAUCUUUGCACAGAAAGAAAAAUACGACUUACUGGGAAUUGGAAUCAAAUAGAGAUUGCAAGAACAAUGGUCCUGGAACUCAUCAGUCAGUUUCCAAGAUCCAGUUCACAGAUGGGUGGGCACAAGCCUGGUAGAGCGCCUCAAUGGGGUUCUAACAAUGGUCAUGACUACCCGGGAGGUAUGUAUUAUCAGAACCCACAGUACCUUCUUGAUGGUGUAUAUUCUGAGCAGACUGCAUCAAGAGGUGGCAUGGAUACUGGCUGGAACCAAAUGUCAGGCGGCGGUACAGGUCAGGCACCUUAUCAGGGUGGUUGUUAUGACUAUUAUGCCUCUUACAACACAUACUCAGCUAGAGGUCCUCCCAGUGGCGUUCAAGCUCCAAUGUAUGACUCAGUUAGAGGUCCUACUGGUGCUCAAGCUCCAAUACACUACGGCAACUGGAGCCCGCAAGCACCUGUUGGUUAUACUAGCAGUUACCGACACUCUGCCCCGGGCCAACUUACAUGUGCGCAAGGGUAUAAUGGGCAGUUCCAUGGGCAGCAGUCAGUGAAUUCUCAGACAGCAUACCAGUCUUACCCUCCACAGCAAGAUCCCUACGGAAAGUCUGCUUUUGGUGGAGCUCAGCAAGGCAAUGGCAUUCCUAUGCCAGGCACAAACUACCGAGGACCAACUCCAGCCCAGCAGCCAUAUGCAUUAUAGAGCUCAACCGUGCCACCUCAACCAGGACUUGGUUAUGGUCAACCCUAUGGAGCAACUGCGGGUGCUACUCAUGGGUACAUGCAAUCUUCAAGUGGUUAUCAGCAGCCAACGAGCCAGGCCACUUCGGUCUACCCCCAGCAAGUAAUGCAGCCCGACGUCUAUGGGCAGUAUCCACCGACUCAGCCAGGUUACACUGAUCAGGCGUUUGCUAACAAUGCAAACUAUCCGCAGCAUCCAGCUAGUCAUGUUGCAUCGGCUUACCCGCAGCAAGGAAUGCAGCCCGGUGUCUAUUGCCAGUAUCCAUCGACUCAGCCUGCGUGUACUGAUCAUGUGGUUGCUAACAAUGUAAACUAUCAACAGCCAGCGAGUCAUGUCGCUUUGGCCUGCCCACAGCAAGGAAUGCUGCCUGCCGUGUGUGCCGUCUAUGGGCAGUAUCAUCGACUCAGCCAGCGUAUACCAAUCCGGCAGCUGCUAACAAUGCAAACUAUCAGCGGCCAGCGAGCCAUGGCGGUUCGGGCUACCUGCAGCAAGGAACGCAGCCUGCUGUAUAUGGGCAGUAUCCAUUGACUCGGCCAACGUACACAGGUCAGACGGUUGCUAACAAUGCGAACUAUCAGCAGCUAGCAAGCCAUGCCGCUGCGGCCUACCCACAGCAAGGGUUGCAGCCCGGAGUUUAUGGGCAGCAUCCAUUGUACACUGGUCAGGCGGUCGCUAACAAUCCAAGGAAUGCAGCCCGGUCCAUGGACCCAGCCAGGGCACACUGAUCUAGACGGGUGCAACGGGUGCUCAACUGAAGCUACUGCAUGCAAGUGUCAACAAGCCUGCGGCAGGACACGAUGCAGUUCCAGAAGGCGAUGCUGUUAAACCUGGUACUUGCCAGGCACAGCCUCAUGAAACUGGCGAUGAGCAUGCAGCCUGAUGCAUCUUCCACCUCGCAAGCCAGUUGAGUGAGCUAGGUUGGACUCUGUUAGCUGUAUAGGGUUUUUGGCACGGGAAAUAUUUUUGGACGGAGAAACUGGCGAUGAGCAGCCUGAUGCAGCUUCCACCUCGCAGGCCAGUUGAGUUAGCUAGAUAAGACUCUGCUUAGCUCUAUAGGGUUUUUGGCACAGGGGGAAAUGUUUUUCUGACGGAGAAACAAGUUGGGUCGUCUGAAUUUUGGUCGCGGUGUAUUGACUGGAUGAUCUGUUUAGCAUCUGUCUUGUAAUGUUUUUGCCGUUUGGAUCCCUCACAUCUCCCAUGAUUUAGUUCGUACUGUUCA